AUGCCUCCAGGUUCUAAGAGGGACGCCGGGAUGGGAGCGCAAGCAAGCGCCGAAACAACCCCCCUGCUUAGGAGCAUCGAUCCAGCACCAAUAAAUGAAGCACCGGGCCAAACACCCGCUGACAACGAAGACGCCGUUCAGGAAAUAAACAAUGAGGACGACCAGCAAGUCCCACUGCCUAAAGCACAAAUAUUCUGGUUAUGCUACACCUCUGUCGUGGAGCCCAUUGCUUUCUUCGGCAUAUUUCCUUACAUCAAUUCCAUGAUUGAGAUAGUUGGCAAUGUAAACAAGGACGAAGUCGGCUUUUACUCAGGUCUGAUCGAAAGCUUGUUUUCUGCCACGCAGAUGUGCGUCAUGUUGCUAUGGGGCAAGGCUUCCGAUCGCUAUGGAAGAAAGCCCGUUCUCGUGCUCUCCCUGAUUGGAGUCUCAGUCGCAACAACCCUAUUUGGCAUGAGCCAGACCCUAUGGCAAAUGAUUGUCGCGAGAUGUUUCGCUGGUGUAUUCGCUGGUACUGUAGUCACAGUCCGAGCAAUGCUCAGUGAGAAUAGCACCAAAUACACACAGGCUAGAGCGUUCAGCUAUUUCGCUUUUGCUCGGAACCUGGGGCUAUUUCUAGGUCCGCUGCUCGGCGGUGUGUUGGAGAGACCUGCUACGAAGUAUACAAGCACCUUUGGUCGCAUUCAAUUCUUCCACGACUACCCGUAUGCUCUACCUGGUAUGGUCACUUCGAGCAUUGCUCUCUCAUCCGCUCUCACGACAUUUUUCUUCGUGAAAGAGACAUUAGAUGUGCAUGUCGACAAGAGCAUCAUACGUGAACCACCAAUGUCGACUCGGCAACUCUUCCAGUCUCCUGGUGUCGCUAGAGUGGUGCUCAUCUACAAUUAUGUCAUGAUGUUAGCAUAUACUUUUACAGCGGUCAAUCCCCUCUUCAUGUAUACACCAGUACCUCUAGGUGGCCUGGGCUUCUCGCCAGAGCUCAUUGCUGCUUUUACAGCGUUGGCGGGUGCUUCACAGGCUGCCUGGCUUCUCUUGGUAUUUCCGCGCCUCCACACACGUGUAGGUACUGGGCGGAUAUUGUUCUACUGUGCAUGCGCGUGGCCAAUCUUCUUUGCUCUUAAUGUCGCCUUCAACUUCCUCCUUCGCCACCAUCUCACGAAGAUCUUUUGGGCGACGGCGCCGCUGACGCUUGCACUGGGCAGUGGGGUUGCCAUGUCUUUCACCGGAGUCCAGCUCGCCGUGAACGAUAUAGCACCUUCGCACGAAACACUCGGAACCCUGAACGCUAUCGUUCUAGCCAUACAGAGCGGUCUCCGCGCCGUUUCACCCGCUUCGGCCACUAGUAUAUAUGCUUUGGGUGUGAAGUACCAAAUUCUGGGUGGACAUCUAUUCUGGCUCAUCAACAUCAUACUCGCUCUAGGCUUACUUGUCCUCCUCAGGUUGUUACCAGCGAAGGUAACUAGAAGACCUGAGCCGCCGCAGAAUAGCCGAACAUGA